AUGCCAGACACGGCAGGAGCAGCCGCUGCUGCAUCAUCGGCUAGUAACUGCAGCAGCAGCGGCGACAGCGAGAGCUCACGGCACAGACACCGAGCGCAGGAAGAGAGCGAGCGGGCUGAGCAACAGCAGCAAAGCGCAGCACCUCAGCCCACAUCAUCGGGUGUUUUGGAUAAGCUGUUUGGGAAGCGUCUGCUGCAGGCGGGGAGACACAUCAUGUCCCAUAAAUCCUGGAUGAAGACGGUGCCCACAGAGAACUGUGAUGUCCUUAUGACUUUUCCAGACAGCACAGAUGACCACACUCUGCUCUGGCUCCUGAACCACAUACGGCUAGGCAUCCCAGAACUCAUCAUCCAGAUCCGACAUCACAAACACACCAGAAUGUAUGCCUUCUUCGUCACGGCCACAUAUGAAAAUCUUUUACGAGGAGCUGAAGAGAUGGGACUGCAGAAAGGUGUGAAGCCGGAGUUUGGUGCUGGCUCUCGCAGUUUCUCCUGUGAGGAAGACUACAUCUAUGAAAACAUUGAGAGUGAACUCUGUUUCUUCACCUCGCAGGAACGUCAGUGUAUAAUAAAAUACUGGCUGGACAAUCUAAGAGCUAAACAGGGCGAGGCUCUUCACAAUAUCCACUUUCUGGAAGGGCAGCCAAUCAUUCCUGAGCUGAGAGCGCGAGGUGUGAUCCAGCAGUUCUUUCCAGUUCAUGAGCAAAGGAUUCUGGGACAGCUGAUGAAGUCAUGGGUGCAGGCGGUGUGCGAAAAACAGCCACUGGAUGAUAUUUGUGACUAUUUUGGGGUAAAGAUUGCCAUGUACUUUGCCUGGCUGGGUUUCUACACCACCUCCAUGUUGUAUCCGGCUGUUAUUGGCUUUGUACUGUGGAUGCUUACAGAAUCAGAUCAGACCAGCAGGGACAUCUGUUGUGUGGUGUUUGCUCUCUUUAAUGUGGUGUGGGCCACACUGUUCCUGGAGCGAUGGAAACGCAGAGGGGCGGAGCUCGCAUAUAAGUGGGGUACACUGGACACCCCAACUGAGCCACUAGAGGAACCAAGACCUCAAUUCAGGGGUGUAAAGCGGUGCAGUCCAGUGACAGGCUGUGAAGAGUUUUAUUACCCACCGUGGAGGAGGAGAGUGUUCAGAUGGCUCGUCAGCUUUCCUGUCUGUAUAUUAUGCCUUAGCUUUGUAUUUCUGGCCAUGCUUGUCUGCUUUGAGAUUCAGGAAUUUGUGAUGGGGAUUAAGGAGCUUCCACGAGUGGCCAGAUUUAUCCCUAAAAUAAUGCUGGCCAUCACUGUGACAGCAUGUGAUGAGGUGUACAGAAAGAUCGCCUGCUGGCUAAACGACAUGGAAAACUACAGACUCCAGAGUGCCUAUGAGAAAAAUCUCAUCAUCAAAAUGGUUCUUUUUCAGUUUGUAAAUUCUUAUCUCAGCCUUUUCUACAUUGGAUUCUACCUCAAAGACAUGGAGCGUUUGAAAGAGAUGCUGGCCACGCUGCUGAUUAUCCGGCAGUUUGUGCAGAAUAUGAAAGAAGUCCUGCAGCCCUAUCUGGCCGAGCGCCACAGGCUGGGCGAGCUCACGCUGCGGGCUGUGUGGGAGCUUCUUGUCUCAGCACUGCUCAAGUACGGGCGACUCGCAGCAGGGCAAGCACAGUUCUCACCCACUGACCUCAAUGUGCCUGGGUCAGGUCUACGGGACCCACAGAUGGGUGAGGAGAUCCCACAGGAAAGGCGAGAACGCAAGUGUCUGAAUGGUGGCUGUGGUGUCCCAGAUGAAGAUGCAGAAGAAGAGCCUGGGGAAAGACACAGCGAAGAAGAUACCGAAUCAGAGAGCCUCAUCGACUGCGGGCUGAAGCUGCGUAAGGUAAGCUUCAUUGAGAAGGUAGAGCGCAAGUCUGCAAGCUGCGUCAGUCCAGUGGACGAUAGCUUCAUGGAAGAGGGGAGCCCUACCAUGGUGGAGCGUGGCAUGGACCCUGCCUCUGUUUUUGAGAUGUGCGAUGAUGAUGAUGAGAACGGCCUUUCGGAAAUGAAGGAACUUGCAGCAGAGCCGCUGCUGAUGGGGGUUGAAAGCAACACAUCAGUCAGGCUCAGGAAAAGGGGGCAGAGCUUGGAUAGGGCUGAUAUUAAGACAAAGAGAGAUUCUUGGAUAGAUCCGCCUGAGGAGCAAGACGCCACUACACUCACGCAGGCUGAGAUCGAGAGCUGCAUGCAAACGUACCAGGACACGUUUCAAGACUACCAGGAGAUGUUUGUUCAGUUUGGAUAUGUAGUGCUCUUCUCCUCUGCCUUCCCAUUGGCCGCCAUGUGUGCCCUCAUCAACAACAUCAUCGAGAUCCGGAGUGAUGCUUUUAAACUGUGCACCAGCCUACAGAGACCAUUUGGCCUGAGGGUGGGGAGCAUUGGACAAUGGCAGACAGUGAUGGAAGCCAUGGGUAUGAUUGCCAUCAUAGUGAACUGCUAUCUGAUUGGUCAGUGUGGGCAGCUACAGAGACUGUUUCCCUGGCUUAGUCCUGAGAUGGCCAUUAUCUCCAUUGUCAUCCUAGAGCACUUUGCAGUACUACUGAAGUAUAUCAUUCAUGUGGCAAUACCAGACAUUCCCAGUUGGGUGGGAGAAGAAAUGGCCAAACUGGAGUUUCAGCGCAAACAGGCGUUCAAGAAGCAUGAGCGGCAGGCGCAGCAGCUUUUCCAGCAGCAGCAGAGAAGGAAGCGUGAGGAAGAGGAGCGUCAGCGCCAGGCGGAGUAUCAGGCUCGGCGUGAUAGAGACGACAGCCGCCCAGACUCCUCAGGUGGAGAUCACCACCACGACAAGAGCCAGAGUGGCAAAUCCAAACCAGGGAGUGGGGGAGGCGCUUUUGGAGGGGAAAAACCCAAGCGACCCAGUUCACUUCUAGGUAACAAUAAUGUCAUGAAACUGAAGCAGAUCAUCCCGUUGCAGAGCAAGUUCUCCUCUGGGACGGCCCGUUCCCCACAAUCGCCCACUGGUAAUGAACCCAAGCUACCAGGUUUCCUAAGCUUCAAGUUCCUAAAGUCUCCUGAAAAUAAGAAGGAGGCCGCAACUGCUUAUACAAGUGCAUCAACAGUUCCUCCAGUCCAGGAGAGAGCAGAGAGGUCCCAGUCGCCCAACAAAUCUUUCAACCCUGGGAAACUUUUUAACUUUGGGAAAUCAGAAGGUGGGGCGUGUGUAAAUGUGGCUCAUCCCUCAAAACCAGGGGAGGACAAGCCACCCACAAAGUCCGACCUCAAUGGGGUUCCGGACGAGAUCCCAUCCCCUUGUGGAGAGAAUGGGGACAAUGGAUCCUCAUCCGAUACGGAGCCGUCAGGCCCGAAGAUGUAACAACAAAUUGAUCUCGAGUAAAACGCAUGUGCGAGAAACUAAUUAGCAACACAGAGGGAGGGAGAGUGGAUAGCAGAAGGUCCUCUUCUAUUGUUUGAGACUGUGCAAGACCUAACCACAAAGCUGUUGAGAGAGAAAAAAUUACCUGGGGGGAAUUCACUAAGAAAUAAUUGCGGCCACUGAUAGUGUUGUUUAUUUGAACGCUCUGUCUUUUCGCACCUGAUUCAUGGAAGAAUUAUGCAAAUCAAGUAAUGGCGCAAAGGUGCCCACAAAAAUAAUGCUUUUAUUAUUAUUAUUGCAAUUAGUCGCAAUUUGCACCAUAUUCACGGAAAUGCGGCAAGACAAUAAGUGGCUACAAUUUCUGCUUCCAUGAUCGCAGGAAAAAGUACACAAACAUCCCUUAUGUCAUUCUAAUAAACCUCUAUUUAAAAGCAUCAUUCCGUUUGCGAUGAUAGUGCCUCAUUAAUAGCACCAGAAAAAUAGUUCUGACUUUGGUGAAUGCAUUUGCAUGGAAAGGGGGUAUGUUUACGCUGAAAAUAAAUACAAUUAUGUUUUUUCUAAGAAAUACUUUCUUCUGUCUCAGCUUAAAUCUGAUGUGUGUAAUUUUUGUUCUGAUAAAAAAUUUUCUCAUAUCCCUGUUAAUAUGAAGGGUCAACUAUAAGUAGCCAAGACAAAUUGCUGUUUCCACCUGUUAUUAGCAUGCGUCUCAAAUGCUUCUUCUGUGAUCGUAUUUCAAGGGGAGGCUCUCUGAUUUCAUGAUGACAUACAUCAAUCACUAUGUCAGUGUGCUACUGAAUGAUAAUAAACAGCAAAAAAAAGUCACAAGACAAAAAAGCACACACACACACACACACACACACAGAAACGCAUGGUUUUCCCAGAUGAAAUGUAAUCUAGCCAAAAAAACGAAACAUUUCAAGCAGAAUUGUCUGAGCUUCAAAUGUGUGUGCUUGUCAUCAGUGUCUCUGCAUGUUGGUAUCAGUCACAUUGAAGAAGAUCCGUGAAGUUCCUGAGCUUGUGUAUGUAUGCGCUUUGUUCAUUAAAAAAAUUCGGAAGGUUAUUUCCUUUUAAUGCACCAUGUAACUGGCAAAGUUUACACUCUUGUUUUAGUGUAGCAGUUAAUUGACAGGUGAGGGGAGGUGCUUCACCGCUGUCAGUAACGCAUUCAGGACGGAUUACUAUUUCACACUUCAAAUGCGAUGCAUAACCAUGCAUUUUUUUCUACCUUCGCAUUUGAUUUCAGUCAUUCGAUCACUAAACGCUUUAGAUCCCCUUUACACCUGUAUUUAGCGCUGAGCACCUGUGAUAGGAUCUCUUAAAACUCAUCUUAUUUCCAGGUGGAAACGUGGUCAGUGGUUAUUUUUGAAAUUCCGUUUGGUGCCGCUAGUGGUGCAAAAAUUACACACUUCAGCUUUAAUGUGCAGAAAAACCUUUAAGUAAGCCAUUCAUUGUGUAUGAAUAAGACUUUUCUUUCUAAAGACGGUUUCUUGCUAAAAUACUGCACUGUAAAAAGGUUUGACAUUUUAGUGAAUUCGCCCCAUAAUGGUUAAUGCUUUGGUGCUUUGGGGCAUAUUCUAAUGCAUAUUCUAGAGCAGGGUUUCUCACCACUGGGUCGUGACUCAAAAAUGGCAUAGUCAUUCUACCAAGUCAUUCUCGGCCAUCUUUGGAACGCUCUCGGGAGGCUAUUUUCAGUUAUGCCAGUGCAACUCUUAUCUACUUGAAUGGAGAAAGACCAAAAUCUCAAAAAUGGUUGAUCAAGAUUCAGUGGCUUAGCUAGAGGGUGUCCAGGGGUAGCCAUGGCCUCCAUGGACCGAAGCCUGGCCACCACACACGCAGUUGCUGUUUUAGUAAUUUUUUUGGUGAUUUUUGCACAAUUUAGUUCUUUAGGGGUGAAAUCAUCUCUGUACAAAUUUAACAUGUGCACUCACCAAGGUCACCACACCGCUCCACCCUUGGUGUCAUUGCAUCCACAGUUCGACGAUAUAAAAAUGCUGCCCGAACAUUUCUGUGCCACCACAGACUGAUCGCUUGCCCUGCCUGGCCACCCCUUUGAAAAACUCCUGGCUCCACACCUGUCAAGAUUACAAUCAAAGAACUUAUUUCAAAUCAUCAAUAAAAUCUGACAAUACUGGUAUCAUAAAUUGUGAAUCUUAUCCUCAUAUUAUGUUAAAAAUGUUCCCAGCUUUUAUAGCUAAUGCGCAUGCACGUUCUAGAGAUGAUUAACAGGUGAUAUCUGUUAUUUAACUGUAAGGUAGGACUUCCUUUCUACAUCCGUUAGCCUUUGGGCAUUACAGUUUAUCCCAUUAAUUUUAAUAAAUGUGGCCCAGCUUUGCUAAAUAGUCAUAAUAUCCCCAGCUUUGCUUAAACAAUCGCAAGGAUUAGCCUGCAUUUCUCUGAUGUUAAUUAUUAGCUGUCCAAUCAAAAUAAUCCAUCAAUGCUACUAAUCGUUCUUUUUGGACAAGGUCUCAUUAUGUAGCGUUGCCACCUAUCCAUAAAAUAUGGGAUAGUCCCGUAUUAAAAGAUGAAAUAAUGCAUCCUGUAUCGUAUCAAUACAGGACGCAAUUUGUCCCGUAUUUAAGCUGGUCUGAUGGCGUCACCGCAAAAUCGUUCAAGAUAAUUAAUUUAACCUUGAUAUUCGUUGUAAAUUGUGCCUACAGUGGGUAAGGGACCGUCUGAAAGUCCUCACAUUGUGCUAAAAUUGUGGAGGUUGUGGUAAGGGACCAUCUGAAAACUUCAGCCAGCAGCACCAAAACUACAAAUAUUGGGCUAUAGAUAUUAAGGGGUGGUCAUUUUUUUUCAUACAACGCAACGGACCAGGAUAUGAUGUCACGCGGGAGGACUUCUGGUGUAAAAAUAGAUCACAAAAAACGAAUAAUAUUAUAUUUUAAAACAAAUUAUAUUUUGUCUACUCACUUUCUUGCAACAAUAAAUCUUGCAAAUGAUACUUGAAAUAAGAAUAAUUUGAAUUGAGACAAGAGGUCAGCGUGUGACGUUUCAGUCUCCUAUUGGUUGCGUGUUCUCUUGUACAAAUUCACGGUUCAGAGUUAACCAGGCUUGAACUUUGGUACUCAGCGUAGUACGAAAUAUCUUUGCAUGAGCUUGCGUUUCUGCUCUGCUGCAUUUGGUUACGUUUGAAUAAUAGUGCAUGGAGCACGAAGUGUAUUGUGACUGCCCGUUUAGGUCACUAUAUUGGUAGGUCAUGGAUGACUAGCAAUCAAAAAAAGUAGGUCGCAGUUGGCAAAAGAGAAACCCUGUUCUAGAGGAACAUAGUUGAAAGAGCCCACCUCCACACAAAUGUACACUUAAGGCCGACACAUGCUUCACACAAGUACGCAAACGCGUGGUCCCCAUUGUACAUACAUUACGUGCACUCUUGCAUUGUUCUGGCAGUUACAAACCUCAGACAACAAGAGGGCAACAGAUUUUUUUAGGCAUGACCAUGAAACCAGUGCGGCAUCCAAAACCAGGGAAAUGCUGCCUUUAGAGGCUGUAUACAAGGCAGGAUGAAAAUACGGUGCUUUUCAAACUGUUCGGAGACCAAUUUCCUUAAGUGUUUCAAUCAUUCAAAACAGCUGUCAGUUAAUCCAUUAAGGGAUUAGGCAGCAAGUCAGCUGCAUUUUCAGAUGCACCCCGGAUGUGGUAGAUGAGUCGAUAAAUGAGGAGUGGGGAGAGACAGAGAGGAAAAAACAAGUUUGUUUGAAUGGACUGGGGACAAAAAGUUUUAUAUAUUUUUUCAAAAGAUUCAACUCAAAUUGCUGCUCGAGUACGCCAUCACAGUUGUUGGUUUAAAGAAGAAAAUCUGUUCUAGCGCCCCCUGCGGCAACACUGAGAAUGCAGCGCGUACUUGCGUUAUGAAUUAGCUCUGACAUAUUUCACAAUGCAAUGAAGCGUGAAAUCAAACUUGCGUAGCAAACUGUGUCUGCGUUCACGUAGUUGCGUAGAGUAUAUUUUGGACUUUAGUUACACACACUUUGCCUUUUGCACUGCAACCCAGCUAGAAAUGCAUGAGCUGUGUUUCUGACCAUAUUUAAAGUGCGAUGUUAAAUUACUAGUCUGAUAAAUGUCAAUAUUUUAAUGGGUUGCCAGUAGAAAAACAAAACUAGAACAGUAAUCACAAAUUUUAUACCAAUCACCCAAUAAAACCUCCAAAAUACCACAAAAACAAUAAUCGGACAUGCAACAGUUCUGACUGUGAGUGACUUUAGGCCUGAAACCUUUUGUAUGUUUAAAUCAGCUGGUUUAAUAGAGCAAUAGCAACUUAACAAGCAAAAGAGUACAAGUGGUUUAGUAAACUGAAUCCAUGCAGAAUACCAGACCAUGCCCUGGGGCUGGUUGCAUAAAUAUGAUUAGUCUUACAAAUUAGUUUGAUAAAAUUUUCAUUUAAGACUGUUGCUUAAAAACUUGCUCGACUGCAUAACCCUAAGCUAACUUAGCUGAGCUUUAGCUGUGUAAGAAAAGGUGACACUUUUUAGAAGACUUUCACUUCUAUGAUGUUAACAGAUUCCUUGUGUUUUUUAUUAUUUGCAAAUCACUAAAUUUGUUCAUUAGAAUCGAUUUUGAAGCAUUAUAUACAUUUAAUAACAAAUAUUGACCUGAAAACUGUUUUGAUAGGCAACUGUCGGCCAUUUUGUUUAAAGUCAUUCAAUGUCUUUCUAUUUCCAAUGUGAAAUGCAAAUUAGACAGUCAUACUAAAGACAGCUGUGAGCUUGUUUUAUGCAACAGCCUUUCUCUGGUGUCUUUUGUUAGUCAGACUAAAUAUUGUAUGCAGUCUUAAGUCAAUGGCUUUAUGCAAUCGGCCCCUGAAAGGCAAUAUUUUCAUGUUGAUUAUGUGAGAUGAGUAUUUUUGGGGGAUGUUUUUGAACUUCUAUGUGCACAAAUUAAUUAAGAGAAAAAAUACUAAUGAUGAAACAUAAUAAUGAAAACUGCAAAGAGAAAAGGCAAGAGCGAGGUGUGUGUAUGUCUGUAUUUGUGUGAUGUUGAUUAUUUAUUUGUAUAUAAUCAUAUAUCCAUUUUACCCUAUUGUUAAAGGGUUAGUUUCCCAAAUAUUUUAAUUCUCUUAUCAUUUACUCACCCUCAUGCCAUCUCUGGUGUGUAUGACUUACUUCUGCAGAACACAAGCAAAGAUUUUUAGCAUAAUAUCUCAGCUUUGUAGGUCCAUGCAAUGCAAGCGAUUGGUGAUCAGGCACUUUAAAUCUCCAAAAAGGAUAUAAAGUCAGCAUAAACUUAAUCCAUCAAACUUCAGUGGUUUAAUCAAUGUCUUCUGAAGUGAUCCAUUUGGUUGUGGGUGAAAACAGGACAAAAUAUAUCUCCUUUUCAUUGUAAAUUUUGACAGCAGGUUCCUUGGCGAUCAUGAUUUCAAGCUCAUUUCCUAUAGCGCCUUCUUGCGCUCUGUGCAUCCAUCAAGCACUAGGAAGUGUAAUUGAGCUUGAAAUAAUGAUCCUGCCUAAGGACUGCAAUGGCAAGAAGUACAGUGAAAAAGGAGUUGUAGUACCCUGUAGUACCAAGGAGUACCCUGCCUAGUUACAUGUGAAAAUGCUGGAUUUUUAUUUAUAAAUACACUACUGAAAUAUUCUACUGACACUUAAUUUUAAUUAGUUGUAUCUAUAUAAUUGUUUCUUAUUUUUUAUUUACUGAAGCAAGACUAAUAUUUACCUCUGCAUUACACUGAAAGUCACAAUAAUUUGUGAAACCCCUCUAGGCUGCUAAGCAUGUGCUUCAGGUUUAAAUGUGAAGGAAAAUGUCAAGUUCACUGGACUUUACAGGCAGUUUGAAUAUGUUUUUGAAAGAACAUUUUUACUUCGUGUCCUAAGUGUGUCUUGAGCAACUAAGGGAGAGUCGUAUACCAAGACAUCGUGCUCAGUUGUUAUAUAAAAAAUCCACUACACAAGUUCCAGUGUCAAAUCUUGGGAAGGGUUUCUGUGAAGCAAUUAAAUCUUUGUAAAGGGAAUGUGGUGUUUAUUUUAUGGUUUGUAAGUAUACGGUUAGAUUAUGGUUUCCUAUAGAAAAUAAAACAUAAACUAUGCAUUUGUUCUUUAUUUAUUUGCCAGGACAGAACUUUUUGCAAUAAUAUUUUGGACUGAAUGAUGAAUGUUACAUUUUAAGUAUGUUUAGUAAAUGUUUAAGUCAUUCAUCGUGAUCAAAUUGUUUGUAACGAUUUAAUUGAAUUGACAAAUUCAUCCAGUAUUACAAUCUCCUAGCCUCAAACAGCAGUAAACCCUCAGCAAUUUUAAUACUCAACUGUCAACACAUGGGCUUUUGCUUACUCUCUGCUUUUCUAAACGCUGACAGUUAUUUCCCACCAAUUAUAAAUUACAUUAUCAAAAUGAAAACUAAAUCUCAUUUAUUGCUGUCAAAAGAUCUUUCAACCAGAAUCUAAAUUACAGUUAUCAUCAACUGUCUUGGUAUUUAAAUAAGAUACUGUAAAUCAAUUCUUGCAUAACAUGUACUAAGAACCCUGUGAUAUAGGUUUUUGUGCAAAGAUUAGAUAUGUGAUUGUCAGCAAUAGUCUUAUAAUGUGCAAAAAAACUUUAGCAAUAGUCCUUGCAGUAACAGCAGCAUUUAUUUCUUUUGCCAUGAAUGAUAAAAUAGACCUUAAUUUUUUUAGUAUGACAUUACCUUUAUUGCUAAAAUCCCUCAACCUGUAUUGAACGGAAGUCUUCAGCUCUAUGUAAUAACUAACUGAUAUGCUUUCACUGUAAGAGUAACUCAGGUUUCCUAACUGAUAGACCAUAAGAAUCACAUUCAGUAUCGAGGGAAAGAUAAAGUUGCUGAAGAGUUUGAAGUGUUUGCAAGAGGUUGUUUUUUGGUUAGUUGUUUUCUGUAAUAAGAUGAACCCUGCCAAAUAAUAGAUCAAAUUAUGAUCUCAGAAACCAUGAGUCUGUAUAAAAUUUUGUUUUUGCUGAAUCAUCAAGGUCAAAUUGUCAGCUCUGGCCUAAUAACAUUCACAUUUUGUUGUUGUUUAAUGAUGUGAAUACUUAAGUUUCUACUGAUUGUUGGAAGCAUUGCAAGGCUGCAUACAUUUGUUGUGUAAGAACUGCUUUGCAUUCGGUCUAACUGUGAAAUAUGAAAUGAUUGUGUUGAGAGGGGCCACAUUUUUGUGUAGAAUUCCCUCUCUGAAGGCAACCUUACAAACCUAUCAUGAGCUCUUCCAAUGUUCCACUGUAAAACUUUUCUUUAUUAAUGAAAACAAUAUUAGGGAAUGGAAAUAUUUCUUUUAUUUUGUCAUAUUUUUGUAAGAACUGAAA